AUGGCAGCAGUGGCACGAAUCCACGCGCAUUCAAAGCCAAGCAAGCAAGCUGCGCCGAGUCAUUACGCCGGAGUACUUCCGCUUCCCCGGCUAUCUGUCGCGCCAGCCCCAGAAAAGAUCUGCAGAAUCUUUCAGGUCCCUUCAGAUCCAGAAUGGUGUCGAAUGUUCUUGAAGAUGACCAGCGACCGCUUUCCUGGCCCAGGUUGUGGCAUUCGGGGGCCAUCCAAGGAGCUGAAGUUCUCGGACGUCCCCAAUGGCCUUGCGGCUCUCUCCAAGGUGCCCUUUUUGGGCUGGAUCCAGAUCCUUGUCUUCUGCGGCAUGAUCGACUUUGGACUCUACAGGGCUGAUCCCUCCCGUGACCCUGGUGACUAUGAGAACGGCGGCAUCCUGGGCGUGCCCAACGCCAGCGGACCCAUGUCGGAUGACGAGGGCCGAAAGAGGAAGUUGAACUCCGAGCUGGCAAACGGCCGCCUGGCCAUGGCGGCCAUCACCGGCAUGCUCUUCCAAAACGGAAUCACGGGAACCACUGGCCCAGCCAUGUGGGGAUUUUGA